CUAAAAGCUUGGCUUGUUAGCGCCUGGCGCAGCAUCAAACGCUGACCUCCGCCGCCAAAGCUUGGGUUUUUCUCACUCCGCGAACCUCCCACCCUCAACUUCAACAUCGGAGGUUCCCACUCGCCGUCCCGUCUCGAUGGCGUUAAAUAUGGCAGUUUCUGGCGCCGUUCCAGAUGCCAUCUCAGAAAAGAAGCAAGACGAUGCACAACACAACCUCGAAGCCGGGAGCACACGCAUCGAACCCUGCCCCGUCGCCUAUCCCCCAGAUGCUGAGGAGAAAGAUGGCUCGGUGGAGAUCAACUACCACACCCUCACGUGGUGGCAAGCCGGAGUCGUCAUGAUCGCCGAGACGGUGUCGCUGGGUAUUUUGUCGCUCCCCGCCGUCGUGGCAACGCUCGGCCUGGCGCCCGGAAUCGUCGUCAUGGUGGUCAUGGGCGUGCUGUCGACGUACGCGGGGCUCGUCAUGGGCGAGUUCCGGAAACAGUAUCCCUGGGUGCAGAGCUUCGGCGACGCCGGCGAGGUCAUGGGCCGGUCGAUCGGCAUGGGCAAGGCGUUCCAGGAGGUGUUUGGCUGGGCGCAGACCAUCUUCCAGAUUUUCGUCAUGGGCAGCCACCUGCUGACGUGGACCAUCUGCAUGAACACGCUGACCAACAGCGCGGCGUGCACCAUCGUGUGGGGGGUCGUCGGCCUGGCCAUCUUCUGGGCGCUCAACACGCCGCGCACGCUGAAGGCGGCGGGCUGGUACUCGUUCGUGUCGUUUGCCUCCAUCUUCAGCGCCGUCAUGGUCACCAUGGUCGACGUGGCCAUCGAGAAGCCCAUCGGCACGACCAGCUUCGAGGUGUCGCGCGCCAUCGGCUUCACGUCGGCCUUCCUGGCCGUCACCAACAUCGCCGUCGCCUUCAGCGGCCACUCGUGCUUCUUCGCCGUCAUGUCCGAGCUCAAGCAGCCCAACGACUGGCCCAAGGCGCUGAUGCUGCUGCAGGUCUGCGACACGGUGCUCUACAUCGUCGUGUCGGUGGUCAUCUACAUCUACGUCGGCCCGGGCGUGCCCUCGCCCGCGCUGUCGGCCGCGGGUUCCGCCGUCGUCCGGAAGGUCAUCUGGGGCAUCGCCAUCCCGACGAUUGUCAUCGCGGGCGUCAUCUACGGCCACGUCGCGGCCAAGUACAUCUUUGUGCGCGUCUUCGCCGGCACCAAGCACGUGGCCAAGCGCACGAUGCUCGGCUGGCUCGGCUGGCUCGGCAUCACGGCGGCCAUCUGGGUCGUCGCCUGGGUCAUCGCCCAGUCCAUCCCCGUCUUCAGCAACCUGCUCGGCCUGGUGUGCGCCCUGUUCGCCAGCUGGUUCUCGUACGGCAUCCCCGGGUCGCUGUGGCUGUGGAUGUACUACGGCGAGUGGUUCACGAGCCCCAAGCGGAUCGCCCAGUUCUCGCUCAACGCCCUGCUGAUGCUGGUCGGCCUGAUCCUGUGUGCCCUGGGCUUGUGGAGUUCGGGAGAGGCCAUUGCGAGGGAUUCCGGGACGGAUCCCUGGAGUUGCAAGAGCAAUGCCGCGUAGUUACUGGUUACUAUAUACCCCUGUUGAUGAUGUUUUUCUAAUGAGAUACCUACUACAUGUUCCGCCUUUUGUGCUUCACGUUCACCAAGUCAGCCUGAUGGUGAGCCUAAUAAGCCA